AUCACUGCUGAUAAUUGGUUUACUGACAUUGAACUUGUGGACGAAUUGAAAGAGAAGAAAUUGUUGUAUGUUGGAACUUUGAAGAAAAAUAAACGUCAGUUACCAACUAGCUUUGUGAACGUAAAAGGAAUGGCCCCUUACACCUCUAUGUUUGGCUUCCAUAAUGGAAAAACUUUGGUGUCCUACAUACCGAAAAAGUCGAGAAAUGUACUGCUUGUUUCCUCCCUCCACGAGGACAACGCCAUCGAUGAUGAUUCAGGAGAGAAGAAGAAGCCAGAAGUUAUCACUUUUUAUAAUAGCACUAAAGGUGGGGUUGACACUGCUGAUCAAAUGUGUAGUACGUUCAGUGUAAGCCGUAACACAAGACGCUGGCCUAUGGUUAUCUUUUCAGCCUGCCUUAAUGUUGCUGGCAUCAAUGUGCAAGUGAUAUCAAUGGGAAAUCAAUUGGAGCCUAUGAGACGAAGAAUUUUUCUCAAAACGUUGUCACAUCAACUUGUGAUGGGACAAUUGGCCCGUUGAAGUCUUAAUACAAGUGGAAUGCCAUUUCAAUUGCAGACUCACUUGAAAAGGUAUUUGCCUGAAGAGGAACCUGUGACUACCCCGCCAUGUGCAGCACCACCAGCUCCCCAAAGAAGAAAGUGUGGAGUAUGCUGGCAAGGAGCAGGAUUCAGGAGGAUGACAAACUACGAGUGUUCAUGCUGCCAUCAACCAAUCUGUCUAACCCAUGUAAAAUCACUGUGCCAAAUGUGUUUUGCACAGGCUACAGUUAAUUUGGGAGCCUCAACCUCGCAAAAUGACUAGGAUUGUGGACAGUGAAGAACUAUUACACAAUGAUCAAGAACAGUUUGAAUAAAUUCAGUUUAACAUUUUUCAAUUUUCUAUUUUUUUCAGUAUUAAAAUUUUUUUAGUUUAUCAUUCUAGUAUACUGUUCAAUAAACUAGUUUUUGUAUUCAAUUUGUUUCAAAUACUUACAACAGAUCCUACUCAAGUUGAAUUUAGUUAUAUAAUUAUUGAUAUAGAGUGAAGUGGUGAUUGGAAUAUGUAGGUGGCCUCUCAGGCCGGGUGCGCCCGAUUUUGUUUCGACUGUAGGUGCGCCUGACGGAGGGUUAAUAUAAGUUCACUUCCGGUAGUAAUAGAUAAUAGAUAUAAUGCCUAUCUAUGAAAGUAAUUGCAGUGCAGGAAUAGAAAAUAAUGAAAGUUUUGAUAACUU